AUCAGGCAUCAGUUAGCGUUCGUUCGUUCCAACUCACAACACAACAGAAUACAACAUGCAGAAGGGAAGCAUUCUUAUCGUGGCCUUCAUUGCCCUGGCAGCCAUAGCCGAGGCAGUGCCUCAGUAUUACCAGACUUUGCCGUACCAUCCACCUCCGACAUCUCGACCAGUGCUGAUGCGUGCUCGCCGGCAGGUUCUGGGCGGUUCUUUGGCCUCCAAUCCGGCUGGUGGCUCCGAUGCUCGUCUGGAUCUUAGCAAAGGCAUUGGCACUCCCGACCACAAUGUGGUGGGUCAGCUCUUUGCUGCCGGCAACACGAAAUCGGGUCCAGUCACCACAGGUGGAACUGUGGCCUACAACAACCAUGGACAUGGUGCCUCUUUGACCAAGACCCAUACACCCGGCGUUAAGGACGUCUUCCAGCAGGAGGUGCAUGCCAAUCUGUUCAACAACGGCGUACACAAUCUGGAUGCCAAGGCAUUCGCAUCGCAGAACAAGCUGGCCAAUGGCUUCGAAUUCCAACGCAAUGGCGCCGCCCUGGACUACUCUCACGUCAAUGGUCAUGGCGCCAGUCUGACGCACAGCAAUUUCCCCGGCAUUGGCCGUCAGUUGGGCGCCGAGGCACGCGCCAACCUUUGGUCGUCGGCCGAUCGUAACACGCACUUGGAUCUGUCAGGAUCGGCCAACAAGUGGUUGAGUGGCCCAUUCGCCAAUCAGAAGACUGACUUUGGCGCUGGUCUGGGUCUGACACAUCACUUCGGUUAGGAGCUGCCGCUGACCUACAUUAUCAUCCAGUUAUUUAUUUAUUAAAAUAAUAAGAUUAAAAGAAAAGCGUUUUAAAAUAUCUGAAAUGGCAAUGUGUAGGGCCUUAGAGGACCCUUUUUGGCGCAGCAGAGAUAUAAUCAGCUUCUGGAUACAUAUUUUUGACAUGUUUUUCGAGCUGCCUUUUAGAUUUGAUUUAUUAAGUAGUUAAUUGAAUAUUUUUGCUUAGCAUACCGCACGCGCGCAAACAAUUCGAUCCCAAUACAAAUGAUUAAUUAA